CUUUUCCAGCCCUUCUACUCUUCCAAUUUAUAGGUUCUCAAUGCACACACCCACAUUUAGGCACAGACAAACACACACAGGCAGUGGAGCCCAGUAGACAAAGUCAGGAUGUGACAUCAUUCACAGGAAGAAAAGCCAAACAACUUUUUCUCUCUUCACUGAGUUGUCUGUGCUGUGGAAUCGAGCUGGAGUCUUUCGGUCUGUAAGUUGCCUGCAAUGAAGGACAGAGGAGCCGAAGGGGGGCUGAGCAAUUGGAGGUGUUCUCAUUGAAGAGUUAAAAGUAAAGCUGUCCCGCUCCUGAUUCAUUGCUGAACUUCUCCUGCCUUUCCAGCACAUCACAGAUUGUGGGCUGUAGGAUUUCAGCCAGCCUACAGCAGUGGACUGACAAAGAAUAAACCUCUGGCUUCUCUUGUUCUGCUUCACAGAAAUGUCCCUCCAUCUGAAAACAAGAGCAACUUGCAAUCUCUAAAUGACAGAAGCUGAUUCCUGUGACCUGAUCUCUGAGUUGAAGCUAUCUCUCAGGAAGGCCACCCUUUAUCAGACUCAAACCAUUUGUCAUUUGGGAAAGCUUGUCCUCCCCUUAUCUGAGGGGAAGCCACUGAGUCAAUGGCAUUGUGUCUUGGACAAGUAUUCAGCAAAGACAAAACAUUCAGGCCAAGGAAGCGGUUUGAACCGGGCACCCAGCGAUUUGAACUCUACAAGAAGGCGCAGGCCUCGCUCAAGUCCGGACUGGACCUGAGGAAGGUGGUGCAGCUGCCGGAGGGAGAGAACCACAACGACUGGACAGCUGUUCAUGUGGUGGAUUUCUUCAACAGGAUCAACUUGAUCUACGGCACGAUGAGCGAGUUCUGCACCGAGCGGACGUGUCCCAUCAUGUCGGGGGGGCUUAGGUAUGAGUACAGGUGGCAGGAUGGAGACGACUACAAGAAGCCCACCAAGCUGCCUGCUCUCAAGUACAUGAACCUGCUAAUGGACUGGAUAGAGUCUCUUAUCAAUGAUGAGGAUAUCUUCCCCACCAGAGUAGGGGUACCUUUCCCUAAGAACUUCCAGCAGGUGUGCAAGAAGAUCCUGAGCCGCCUUUUCAGGGUGUUUGUACACGUUUACAUCCAUCACUUUGACAGCAUCUGCAGCAUGGGGGCCGAAGCACACAUCAAUACCUGCUACAAACACUAUUACUACUUCAUCUCAGAGUUCAACCUCAUCGAUCAUUCAGAACUGGAGCCACUGAAAGAGAUGACGGAGAAGAUAUGCAAUUAAACACAUGGACAAAGAAGUUUACACUUUGAAAUAAUCUGAGACCCAUUCAAAACACUCCAUUCAAAGAACAAUGUUUUAUAAGGUGGUGGAGGUUUUUGAUGCAAAACUUGAAAGGUCAACUAUCUACCACACUUCUUCUUGAGUGCACCAUCAAAACUUUUUCAUACAAUAAUGAUUGUGCUUAAUGCUAUUUUGUUAGUCUGUUAGUUUAUAAUACUAAGUCUUCUGUACUCAUAUUUCUUCUUUCUUAUUUUGCAUGCAUGUUCAUGUUUGAUCUUUUUAUAAACAGUGUUGAGUCUAA